AAGAGGAAAGUGAGGUACAGGCUUCACAAGUGUUAUCAGGCGAGGCUUUGGUUAUCAGCGGAAAAUCUGCGGCGGUGGCGGCCGUCAGUGUGGCCUCAGCACCGUCACGAUGCGUGGGGCGCUGUGGCGGGGGUGGUUGUGGUGUCUGGCUGCCGCAGCGAGGGUGGCGACGCCCGCUGUGGUGGCAGGGGCGGUGCCAGAGGUGGUCACAAAGGGUGGAGGCCAGGGAGAGUGUGAGGUGCUCGAUCUUAGUGAGGCGUCUCCCGGUUACGUUCUGCCCACAAACCUCACCGUCAGGCCCUCGGAGGCAGGGUGGCGGUUGGACGUCACCCUGGGGCGGGGAAUGGAGGCAGCAGUGUGUGUGCGGCUGGAGGGCAAGAAGGACAGGCUGAGGGUCACGGUUCUGGCGGAAAGCUGUGACGGAGGGGCCGUGAGUGACUACAGCUAUAUGAACGUGCCUGUCCCGCUUGGCGUCUGGACCAGCCUCAGGGUGGACGUGGCGGCCAACACAGUCAUCGUGUCGGCGCCGGAUGGGAUAAACGCCUCGGUGGUGACUCACGGUCCCCCGCUGCCUCGCGACGGCCAGCAGGUGGCGUUGACGGGGGCGAGGAACGUGGAGGCCGCGGCAGGGUGCCGUACCACCUGCCCGGGGUACAGACACGCAGCGCCGGGAAAUUAUGAAAAGGUGACUGUUAAAGAGUGGUCUGAAGACGCAGUACAUUACUACUUCCGCCCCGGUAACGCGUUCGUCAAGCUGGAGUAUGAAGUGGCGUGCACAACGUCCCUGGGCCCCACGAUGUUCCCUCAAGUGGCGGACAUCAUGCUGGACCUAAACUUGCCCCGGUACCUGUGGCACACGGUACACCUGCAUCACCAAAGCGGCCUGGCCUCGGUGAGCCUCGACAACACAUCGCUGAAGAACAAGACUCUGCCUGAAGGCUGCACCUUCAAGAGGCACACUAUCAGAGUGAUAGGGGACGGCCUCUUCAGUUUCAGCUGUAACCCCUUCAACGGAGACGUGAAGGGGAUGGAAGACGAGGGCAGCUCUGUGGCGGGCGUCGCCACCGCCCAGGCCUAUAUGCCGCUGGAGGCCGCUGUAGUGAUAGACAUUAUCGAAGCCAUUGCCUUGGUGCUGUUGUUGAUAGCCGUCUUGUGGUUAGUGUAUGAAAGGUAUCAAUUCAAGAAGCGAUUAAAUGAAAUAACUGAUAAAGCAGAAGCAAAGAAAACAAAAAAAGACAAAAAUAUGAACCAAUUGUUACCCAAUAGUAUAAGAACAUAAGAAAGUAAGGGGUCUGCAAGAGGUCGGUAGGCCUGUACCAGGCAGUUCUUGUGAACCUAACCCCACCUAACAUCACUAUCCAUGAAUUUAUCUAAUCUUUUUUUAAUGUGAUUAUUGUAUUGGCGCUCACAAAAUGACUGCCAAGCCUGUUCCACUCAUCCACCGAGAAUGAAGUGGAGCAGUGGACUGGCCGCGCACCGCUCUUUUGUGCGUUGGCUGGGCUCAGGAUUCUGUGUGCGUAGGAUACUGGAUGUUUUAAGUUAACUGGAUGUUUAAACAUCCAGUCGACAGACCUGCAGGCUCUGCCUAGCCACCGGAGGGGCGGAGCCAACUCCAACAGCCAAUCAGAACCUACUGCGCAUCACGUACACGGUGUCCUGAGCCCAUCCAGCGCAUAAAAGAGCGGUGCGCGGAUUCCCUCUUUUUAGGGGGUAAAUCCCUGAAAUGAAAAAAACAGUCCGUGCUCCCUCGUGCGAGAGGGAGCAAUCUUCCCCGCCCCCCCCCCCCCCCCACAGUCCACUACAGUGGCGACUUAAUGACAUUACUACUACCUAAAUCAUUGAUAUAAAUGAUAAACAGCUGUGGGCCCGAUCCCGAACCCUGUGGGACCCCACUUAUAACAGCCCAAGUCAGAUCUUUUAGCAUUGAUUUGCACUCUUUGGCACAGACCAUUAUCUCCCCUCUCGCCAACACACUUCACCACCACACCCCUCAACCCCGACUUUCCCGGUCCCCCAUUAGGCUCUCUCGUCCCCUCCUCUCCCAAUCACUCACAGUAACACCACGGACAUAUUUAAUAGUUUACGAUACAGAGGAACUAUAAAGGGCCAUAUUUAUAUUUAGGUACUACUCUAGAUGUAGCAUGUGUAUCUCUUAAGGGUAGGCGCGUGUUUGUUUGUGUUUAAUAAUAAUAAUAAUAAUAAUAAUAAUAAUAAUAAUAAUAAUAAUAAUAAUAAUAAUAAUAAUAAUAAUGUGUAUGUAUAAUUAUGACUGUACAUGUAUUUUUGUGUUUGUUGUUAUUUAAGUGUUAGUAUAUGCAAACGUCUACAUUCCUAUGCUCAGAUGACGUUGUUAUUGUUCAAGGUUGUUUUUUUUGUCCUGUUAUUGGUAUAACUUUUUACGUACUAUUAUUACUAUCAUUUAUCAUCAUCCUUAUUCGUAUUAAUGUGAUCGUUGGUUCCGCAAGUUCCCAUUGAUGUUAUUAUUCAUUAGCAUCCUGUAUAAAUUCUUUACGAUUUCUUCCGAUCUUUAGUAACCUGAACAUUAGAAGGUGUUUUUCGCCGGCAAGACUGGAAAACCUUCAUUAAAUAUCUGUUGAAAAGAUAA